AUGUUGAAGAUGGCGGAAAUGUGGCCCAUCAACCCGGCAACCGCAUGGCGGCGGCCCAUGAAGAGAGGAGGCAUCAUCGGCUGGGGAUCCUACUUGACGUUCGCCUGGGCAGGGUCUUUCCUCAAGCUCGGCUCCACUGUCACCCUGAAGGAGGAGCACCUUGAAGGAAUCUACGACAAACACGAGAGGUGGGAAGAGGGACCAAACAUGCUAAACGAAAGGGUUUCUCGGCGGCUGCCGCCGCCGCGCUGGUCAAAAGAGCGCUUUCCAUGA